CCGACGCGUCUCAUUCAGUCACGGGUGUCCCCCACCGCAAGAAGGCCCCGCCAUGAGUGAUCUAUCUGCCUAUGAAAUAGAACGCGAAGCCAACAUCGCGCGAAACCGCGCUUUACUCGAACAACUCGGCAUCAAGGACGCAUCUGUCCAGCUCGGAAUCGCACCAAAGCCGAAGCCAAAAACAAAACCAGUUCAACCCGCCAAGCGGCUCAAACGUGAGCGUGUAGAGGAGACACCUCGUCGUCAAAGUGCCCGUCUCAGAAAAGGGAUCAUCGACCCAAAUGAAACUCCCGCUCAGAGGCGGAAACGAGUGGCCGAGGCCGAGAAGCGACAGAGAGAGGAAGAAGAGGAAAGGAAUGCCGCAGAGGAACGGGCUAGACUCGCAAAGCGACCACGGACGCACGAAUUGGAUCUGGCCGUGUUAACCGAAGCAGAGGAACUUAGCGACACCGAAUUAGGUUCACUGAGAGGAAUCUUUCAGACUGUCACGAAUGUCUCUACUACAAGACGAGUUGGAGAUGUACGGGACUGGGUGUUCGAGCGCACUAACCAGGAGGACAGGGAGCUGGAGAUAUUGAGAAGUAAGCUGGGAAAGAUGAAGAUCGUGGCGAGGGCAAAAGUGACAGACAACAGGAUUUACAGCUCUGCGUGCCACCCCGAACCAUCCAAAGAUCUCGUUUUCUUUGGAGACAAACAUGGGCAAUUGGGGAUUUGGGACGCUCGAGCAACUCCUGACGAGGUCACCGAUGAAGAUGGCAAUAUUCUUCCACCUGACGACAGAGAAAUGGGCAAAUGUUGGCGUCUCCAGCAACACUGGCCAGCUUCACCCAAAUCCUCUAUUUCUUGCAUCAAGUUCGAUCCUAUAGACGCGCAUAGCGUGUUCACCACGUCAUAUGACUGUACCAUUCGCAGAUUAUCCUUCGUCUCAUCUGUGUCCCACCAAAUUUUUUCUUCCAGCGAUACUCUCAUCACGUCUAUCGACCUUCCACCAUCUGGGCACGAAAUGUGGAUUUCCGACGUGUCAGGGGCACUUACUCACUACGACCUUCGAGAGGGAGAAAAGCAUGCCCGACGCUACGAGUUGUCCAAUAACAAAAUUGGGAGUGUCAGUGUCAACCCAACUAGCCCACAUCUCUUAAUAACCGCUUCAAACGACCGUUUUGUGAGAUUGUGGGACUCGCGGAAACUUCAGACCAUCACACUUUCCUCAGAUAUUCAUUCUGCAGGUUCAUCCGAAGGUCCAUUGGAACAUGAUUACGAUCAUGAGACUACGCAAACUUUCAUGGGAUCUACUCAAGGUCGUGGGCUAAUGCGUGCGGAAUUCCAGCAUGGCAAGUCCGCCACCUCCGCAUAUUGGGAUCCCCGGGGACGCAGCAUCGUUAGUACGAGUUAUGAUGACUCCCUCAACCUCUGGGAGUUGCAUGCGGCAAAGUAUGAUUCGUUGCCUGUGUUCCCAUCAUUCAAGCCUUUUAGCCGAGUAAAGCACAAUUGCCAGACUGGAAAAUGGCUUACUCUAUUAAGAGCAAUGUGGAACCCGAACCCCGAUGUUUAUCCCCACUUUACGAUCGGAAACAUGCAGCACUCGCUAGACAUAUUCUCUUGCAAGGGUGACCUCAUAGCCAGACUGUCUGAUCGAGAGCGCAUUACCGCUGUUCAGGCCGUGACGUGCUCACAUCCAACUAUCGUUGAGAGAUGCACGACGGGAAAUGGGAGCGGGCGAUGUGUGUUGUGGGCACCACCGGAUGUAUAGUUUGUAUCUACGCGAGUGCUGUAAAUUCGAGCAAAUCACAGGGGGGAGGCCACAAAC